CCAUUUUAGCGGGAUGGCUCUCAAUGGCGUGAGAAGAUCCGUUUGUUACUGGUGGUCACUGGGCUAUCUCAAAAUGCAACGUCUUCCAUCAUUAUAGGCAUUCAGCUGGUAAGUGCAUCGCGUUUAUAUUAUGCUUCUGCUACUGCAGCACAGAAAUACGCCAGGUGCAGCUUUCAGCCGCGUUUCUAGAUUGUCGGCAUAAUGCCCGAUGGCAAAGACUCCACAAAUGGUGGCAGUGAGACGGAUGAAGGCCGACCUGACGAAGAGGAGAACCGCAGUCGUUUUGGACGCCUGCGAAAGCCUAGCCGGAAACUCAGUGACGUGCUCGUCGACACUGGUCUACGUGUUACAAACCGACCACUGGCACAAAAUGGCAAUGGAGUGUCGCAGAACAGCACUCCGAGCCCAGAGGCCGCACGGACUAACAAACGUGGCCGUAAGAAAUCAGUGGGACCGUCUCCUAAGUUAGCCAAGCCCGACGACGAAAAAAAGUAUCUAGUGGGCGAUUUGCUGUGGUCUAAAGUGGGCGGAUACCCGUACUGGCCCUGCAUGAUAUCGUUCGACCCGGUGGCUGGAGUUUACACAAAGCUUGCGCGCGGACAACACCGUCUUUACCAUGUGCAGUACUUCGGCGUGGAAGCCGAGCACGGCUGGACGCAACCCGGUCGCAUCUUUCCUUUCGAAGGCCUGGACCCGUAUUUGGCCCUCGGUCACGCCGUCGCCAUGCCACGGAAACGACCUUCCUGGAUGGUAGCAAUAGAAGAAGCCACGGCUGCAUUACCUCUGUCCCGCGCUCAGCGCAAGCACCAGCUCACUUUCGAGUACUACGAAGGAAAACGACGCCGACCCCGUAACGAUGUGGAGAAGGCUGCUACAACUCCAGCUGUUCCAGCAGCGGACACAAAAUCGGCACCUCGAGGCGAUAUCUGUGGCGUAUGCGAGCAGACUGGAGCGGUUUUGGCCUGCAGAGGUCCCUGUCACCUGCGUUUCCACCUUCAGUGCCUCGGCUUGACCCAGUGUCCAGAGAGCUUUCUUUGCGAUCACUGUAGUACGGGACUCCAACCAUGCUUCGCAUGCCAGUCAGCCACCGACACUGAAAAGUGUUCCCUCGAAGGUUGUGGCCGCUUCUACCACGUGGACUGUCUUCAACAGCUUUCUUUCCUGCCCUGCAAGCGCGAACCCCUCAUCUGUCCGCAGCACUCGUGCUUUGCUUGUGCGUUAGACCACAGUACGAUGUCGGGCGGCCAGGAGACUGUGCGCUUCAGCGGCAAGCUCUUGCGCUGCGUCCGCUGCCCAGUGGCUUACCACGGCGCUUGUCUGGCUGCCGGUUCGCAGCGGCUGGGGCCUUCCCAGAUCCUCUGCCCUCGUCACGUGAGCGCGAAGGCGUCCUGCAUCAACGUCGACUGGUGCUUCUCGUGCGGCACGGGCGGACGUCUGCUCUGCUGCGAGGGUUGCCCCGCCGCUUUCCACGAACACUGCCUCGACUCCGUUCCCGAGGGUCCCUUCCUGUGCGUCGACUGCAGCUCCUGGAAGCAGCCUCGGCACGGGGACGUCGUCUGGGUCAAGCUGGGCUGCUACCGCUGGUGGCCUGCGAAGGUGUGCAUCCCGAAUGAUAUUCCCGCAAACAUAGCGGCGCUGGAGCACCGCGAGCCCGGAGAUUUUGCCGUGGAGUUUUUUGGUUCGCACGACUAUUACUGGACUCACCGUGGUCGGGUGUUCCUCUUCGAGGAAGGGGACAGGGGUGGUCCCGCAGCCGGAGGAGGCAGAGCUCUGGAACGGCUCUUUGACAGGGCUCUCGAAGAGGCCCGCGAGGUGUGGGAGAAGCAGCAGGAGGCCCGCAACGAGUCCACCCGCCCGGCUCCUUUCAAGCUCAUCCGCGUGAGCCGGCCCGUGAGCCGGACCACAGAUCGAAGCGUCGACGAGGCACCUCUGGUGUGCAACUGCAACGGAGACGAUCCCUGCAAUACUAACUGCAUUAAUCGCCUGCUCUUGUACGAGUGUCAGCGAGGACAGUGUCCCGUAGGAGAUGCCUGCCAAAACCAGCGCUUCCAGCGACGGCAGUACGCGCAGUUGUCCGUGGUGCGCACCAGGGGUCGGGGGUGGGGCUUGCGCGCCGACGAGCACCUUUCCAAGGGCACGUUUGUCAUCGAGUACGUCGGAGAGCUGAUUGACGAGGGUGAGUGCGAGCGCCGCCUGGCGCAGCUCCACCAGGAGCACUGCACAAACUUCUACUUUCUUACCGUGGAGAGGGACCGCAUCAUCGACGCGGGCCCCAAGGGGAACCUGUCCCGGUUCAUGAACCACUCGUGCCAGCCCAACUGCGAAACGCAGAAGUGGUUCGUCAACGGCGAGACCCGCGUCGGCCUCUUUACGAUUGAGGACAUCGAGAAAGGCACAGAACUCACGUUCAACUAUAACCUGGACUGCCGCGGCAGCGAGCGGACGCGGUGCCACUGCGGAGCCAGCAACUGUAGUGGAUACCUAGGUGUACGGCCUGCAAAAGCGGCCAAACGAUAAUAAAAGGCAUAAAACACUA